UAUGGCGGCGAAUUUGAAGUCACAAGAUGAAAGGGCAGCAAGACCUCUUUGCAACGAUAGAAGCUGCGAUCUCUGCAAUACGCAUUUGUCAAGGUUACCUAAGAGUUUAGGAUAUGGAAUUAUUGCCUUUACCUCGUUAGCUUGUUAUCUGAACAGCUUGGAUUACGAUUUAGUACACGAUGACAUUUUUGCGAUCAAAGAGAACAUGGACAUUCGCCCUGAAACUCCGCUGCUGAACAUACUCUCUAACGACUUCUGGGGCAAGCCAAUGUGGAGUAAUACGAGCCAUAAGUCGUACAGACCGCUUUGUGUCUUAACUUUUAGAAUAAAUUUCGCAAUACAUGGCUUAAAACCUUUUGGAUACCAUGCUGUCAAUGUUGUUCUUCACGGAUUGGUUUGUCUGUUGUAUACUUAUAUGUGCGAAGUAGCGGCCUUCAAGUCCAGUGUGCUUGCAUUUAUCGCGGGAAUGUUAUUUGCUACACAUCCUGUCCAUACAGAAGCUGUGACAGGAGUUGUGGGACGCGCUGAUGUACUGGCAUGUUUGUUGUUCCUUCUUUCAUUUCUAGCAUUUGUAAGGUCUGUAGGAAACAAAGGCUGUUGGCAGAUAAUGUACACAAUUAUUUACAUGGUUCUUGGUGCCAUUGCUAUGCUGGUAAAGGAGCAUGGCAUAACUGUGUUUGGUGUAUGCUUUGUAUAUGAUUGUAUGGUUAUUAACAAGAAUUUGAUUUGGAGAGUCAUCAGAGAAAGAACUGUGUCAGUGGAAAAGGACGUUACGGCAUUGAAGCGUCUUCUAUUACGAACACUUGUUCUCUCUGUAUCUGUUUUUUGUCUAAUGGCAUUCAGAGUAUGGAUGCUUGGAGGAAAUCUGCCUCAUUUUACAAUUCAGGACAACCCUGCGUCAUUUUCAGAUUCUCUCAGUACUCGCGUUAUGACUUACUCAUAUCUGGUUGCGUUCAACUCUUGGCUGCUUUUGUCGCCAAGUGUGUUGAGCUAUGAUUGGCAGAUGGGAAGCAUACCCCUUGUGGAAUCGCCGCUGGAUUCCCGAAACUUAGGCACACUGAUGUUUGCCAUGAUAGCUGUUCUUCUGGUUUAUUUUGCUGUGUUCUCCAAUAAGAUCCUGCCACGUGAUCAAGAUGUCCUCGUUUUGUCUCUGGCCAUAUUGGCUAUUCCAUUCCUUCCGGCUUCUAACCUGUUCUUCAGAGUUGGAUUUGUUGUUGCUGAGAGAAUACUUUACAUACCAAGCAUGGGGUUUUGUAUGCUUGUUGUUUGUGGACUCAACAAACUGGCAUCGGUAGUGGCACCAAAUGGUAAAGUGGCAUUCAAAGAUAAAUUUACAGAAGCACGAAUGAAUGUCCAGCAAAAAGUCUUACUAUCAGGGGUAUUUGUGAUGGUGGGACUUUUCUGCUGGAAAACUGUGGUACGGAAUCGUGUAUGGAGCAAUAGGGAGACGCUAUUUAGGUCGGGAAUUGAAACUCUUCCUCAUAAUGCUAAAGCACAUUACAACUUUGCCAAUUUUCUAAAAGAUACUGGAAGGGCUAAAGAGGCCAUAUAUCACUAUGAAACUGCGCUAAAGUUGGCACCAAAUCAUGUCAGCGCUCAUAACAAUCUGGGUACCCUUUUGGAAAACGAUCAGGAAGCCAUGCAGCACUUUUCUGAAGCCAUCAAGAAUGAUCCAUAUCAUGCAAACUCGUACUUCAAUCUUGGAACUCGCUUGGCGUCAUUAAAGCGUCUCUCUGAAGCCGAAGCAAUGCUUAAAAAGGCCAUCAGGUUUAAUCCAAGUUAUUUAGAUGCAGUGUUAAACGUGGCUGGUGUGCUCAUUGAACAAGAGAAAUUUGAUGAAGCUGAGGAGUUUUACAAGAAAGCGCUGACUUUAGAGCCCAGAAACGGCGAUGCUUACAACAAUUAUGCCGUAUAUCUUGGAAAAAUUGGUCGGACAAAAGAAGCCUGGGAGAAUUACAACAAAGCUCUACAGCUCAACCCUACUCACACAGUGGCGAUGGUGAACAUGGCUCGGCAGUUACGUGCAGAAGGAAAAAUUCGGGAUGCAGAAAUAACUUACAAGAGAGCUCUGUCAAUACGACGAGACCCAAGUACGUUACAGUUGCUUGGAGUACUGUAUUAUCACAACCAGCAGCUAAAAGAAGCAGAACUGGCUUGGAAAGAAUCAAUAGAACUGGAACCAACGAAUAUUGAAACUCGCUCGAACUAUGCAAUUCUUCUCGGACAAACCAACCGGCUCGAUCAGGCCAUGGGUAUUAUGAUGGGCCUGGUGCAAGACGAUCCUAAUAAUCCAGGACACUACAAGACACUAGCAGGAAUGUAUGCUCAGAACAGACAAUUGGAUGAAGCUCUGCAAGUAGUCACUAACGCUCUCAGGCGCCAUGUCGAAAAUGCAGAACUUCAUUAUUAUCAGGGAAAUUUUUUCAAGGAUUUAAACAACAUGCAACAAGCCAAGAAGAGCUACAAGAAAGCUGUCCAGCUGGACCCACAACUUUUCAGUGCUCAUUUGAAUCUUGGAGUCAUAUUCCACCUUGAGGGAAAUCGAGCAGAGGCCAGGCUUCAUUAUGAGAUCGCAGCGAAGCUGGAUCCAGGCAACACAAUCUUGAAGGAGAAUCUGGCGAAGCUGCAACGACUAGAGAAGAAACAUAGGCAGUGACUACGGACUGUUGUAUUGAGGGUGUAUGUAUAAAUCAACUCCCUACAAUUUUCCUUUGAAACGAAAUAUGCAAAAAGUGGAAACUGAAGAACUGAACAUUCACACACCUGUCAUUUAAGAGAAAAUGCUUCUUGUUUUAAAUUUACGUGUUUCUAGACUUUCUAUUGCUCGAUUCAGCGUUUCGAUUCCCUAAACUCGGAGAGUACCCAAAUUGCAACGUUUAUGAUGGCGGGAUUUUGUGGUUCAGGGAAAAAUCUGCUCCAUAAGGGCCCGCUUAUGAAGACCAAUGAACUUUACAGGUACGAACCAUGUAAAUCGUGUAAUGUCUUAUAUCGCUUUUUUCUCGCAACAAUCCAUAAUUAGUGGGAUUUUCAAAACCAAAUCCACUGAUUUGGAACGCUAUUCAUUUCCUUCUUCAUUGUCAAGGCAUGUCUAUUUGUGCAAAGUAAAGUAGCCUUAGCAGUGGAUCUGGAGGACAAUUUGAACUCAAGUAUAAAAGCGCUGGUUGCUAACGGUUAUAACAACUUUUGCGCCAAAGAAGAUUCAAUUUCAUAACAUUUUGUGCUACUUUCGAGCAUAUAUUUGGGGUUUAUUCCUUUCGCCCCCUAGGGAUUAAGCGAAAACUUAAAAUACUUUGGAUUCUUGGAUAACGUUUUGAACCUGUUAAUCUGUAAAAGUUUGAAAGAAAUCGGUGAGAUGGCAUGUGAUACAAAUGGCUUGGUUCUCUCGUGGACAGACUCUUACCGGGUGGCUUAUCCAUCAAAGUUUAAUUACUGGAGUUAUUUCCAAAAGAACAAUUGCUGAACAGGUUCAACAACUGUUACUGGAUGUCUGAAACAUACCAUUUAGUAAAAACCCUAUUAGUGCCAGAAAGAAAAGUGGAUAAGUACUUUACAUAACUACCAAACUUAGAGAAAUUGCUGUGAUGAACAAGAACUGCCAUAAUUUUGAUGGAUCUCAACGUUAAGUUCAGGUUUAAUUCAGACGCUGUUUUUAAUUAAAGGAACAAUUGCCAUUUAUCACAACGACAGCUGUUACUCGAAGAGGCGAUUUCUAUAUCUAUGACAAAAGAUUUAGUACCAAACCUGCUUGAUUUAAUUAAACUGCUAGUAAAUAAACAUUGACUGCAAUUGCGCUAGUUAA